AUGGAGGCUGCGGAUGAUCGUGAUGAUCACUGUAUUGUGCCACUUAGUGAAGCCAGCCGCACGCGUAGCCUGACUCCAGUAUGGGCUCCGACGAAGCUAACGAGCUCAGUCGGCCAACUCCUAACGCAUCCACUCCACCCCGAACGCGAAUGCUUCUACUCGAACACAGCGCACGAAGCAGUCGACGACCUCAACGACUACCACAUCCAGCUUCGCUACAAGGAUCUAUACAGCUUGGACCAGGAGGGUCGUUUCCUCACCAACUAUGGCGCCAAGUUCGAGCUUGGACGAGUAUACAGGCAGACGAACUUGCUCACAGUGAAAGCUGAGCAGAUGGUCCAACGUACAAGCCAGGACCCUAUAGCAGCCGUCCAAGCUGUGUGCAAUGAUCCUGAAGCGCGUACUUGGAUCUACAACACAGUGAAGGCGGGUAAGCCGCUAUACAUCGUUCUGGGCAUCACAGAACUGAAGAACGCUGUCUUCAAGCGGGCGAGGCUCCAAGACUCCGGCGCCUCGAACCGAUUGAAGGAGCAGCCGAUCGAGCAAGGCGCAAAGGUCCCGAAGUCACUACAAGUGCCAGCAUCUUCGGACUCGAGUCUUGGAGGAAUUGGAAGCGAUCCUCAAAUAUCUGGUGUAUUUGGUAUGGAUGUCAGACGUGUCACGGCCAAGAUCACAACACCAAUGGAGCCGCACAGCCUAUCUGAUUUGAAGUAUCGGUGGUUCUACUACGAUGUCACUGAUGGCGACGCAAAGGAGCAGCUGAUGAUCGGACUUGGCGACCAACUCAAGGCCAACGAGCUACGACUGAUGCUUGAUUUGACAGAGGAUGAUGUUCAAGGCAAUCUAGAAGCAAUCAGCAAGCUGAGUCUUGACGCGCUGAGUGCAGCCGCCAGCCCCAUGCUGCGACCCAGCUCACCGGCUCUCCGAGGUCGCUCACCUUCUCCCAACCCGAUCAUGCUACGAUCUCAGCAUUGAAGUUUGAACUGUCCCUUGCAACGCGGUUACGAUGACACGAAGCAUACGAAGGGAACUGCAUAUCGCGAAUUCGCGCUUACACAUGGCAUAUUAUAUUGACAGCGUUUUGUAACGACCCCAUUAUAACCCCAUUAUACUAUCACGGCGCAUGUUUCCUACUAUACGUGUUGGCGCAUAGCAGACUUCUCCAUC